AUGAACUUCAUGUCUCUUAACAUCCGAGGUAUUUCGGGGGAUGCGAAAGUCGUUUGGGUGAAAGAUCUGAAGAAUUCCAACAAUAUUAGUGUUAUUGCCCUUCAGGAAACGAAAGUUGUAAAUGUGUCCAGAUCGGCUCUUGCUAAAUUGUGGGGGAAUAGGAAUUUUGAAUUUGCUUCUGUCGAUUCUGUGGGACUGUCUGGUGGAUUAGUGUGGUUAUGGGACCCCGAGGUGUUGAAGAUUGAAUCGUUAAUUCAGCGUAGAUUCUGUUUAGUCAUUAAGGGUUCGGUGGUGGGUAGCGAAGAUCCGAUCAAUUUAAUCAAUGUAUAUGCUCCUCAAAACACUGAGGAAAAAUUGAGUCUUUGGAACGAGAUAUCCAGUUUUAUCGAUCCAACUGGAGGUAAGUGGGUCAUUGUCGGAGAUUUUAAUGCUGUGCGUUCUCAGGAGGAGAGGAAGCGAUCAAAGUUUAAGCCGGUAUGUUCCGAUAAUUUUAACAAUUUCAUUUUUGCCAAUGGUUUGUUGGAAUACCCGAUGCAGGGAAGGAAGUUCACUUGUAUUAGGGAUAAUGGGAGGAAACUUAGUAAGUUGGAUCGGUUUUUGGUGUGUUCGGAGUUUUUCAAUAGGUGGCCCUCGGCUUGUGUUAGAGUUUUGCCUUCACGCCUUUCGGAUCACUGUCCUAUUAUCCUUGAGUUGGUUGACUUAAAGUUCGGGCCACGUCCAUUUCGAGUCUUUACUUCUUGGAUUGGAAAACCAGGUUUCGAGGAGGCGUUCAUGGCGGCAUUGGAGGGGUUUGAAGUUUUCGACCCCCCCGAUAAAUGUCUGACUGCCAAAUUUGCUAGAAUUAAAUUGUUUCUCAGGAAAUGGCGGGAUGAUUUUUUAGCUAAGGAAAUGGAAGUCGAAAAGAUAGCUUUAGCGGAGUUGGAACAAAUGGAGAUUGAUAUGGAAUCGAGGGACCUCGUGGAAGAGGAAGAGUGGGUGAUGACGGAGAAUAGGAAAAUUAUUAAAGAGAUAGAAGAAAGGAAGAAUUUGGAUUCUAAAUAA